AUGGCUUCAGCAUCGCAUCCAGCGUCUCCAAUCCCCUCGAGUUCAGUAUCAGUGGAGGUCUCCGCGGUGAUACCGCCUGCGAGCAGCCAUCUGUCAUACCCUACCUUUACCGCAUCUCCGGCAGCCUCUCCACCUCGUUCUGACCAGCCGAGGCCCAUACUCCAGGAACGACUAUAUGUGGGCAACUUACAUCCAACAGUCGACGAAUACACGCUCCUGCAGGUGUUCACCAAGUUCGGCAAGGUGUCCAAACUCGACUUUCUCUUCCACAAGAGCGGCCCCAUGAGAGGCAAGCCUCGCGGAUAUGCAUUUGUCGAGUUUUCCGACCCAGACGUGAGUUGGUUUCAUCCUCCAGCCCCAGCCGUCGCUCAUCCCGGGUUUCUUUGCAUGACGCCGACCACGAUGCGACCACCAAAUAUUGCUCCAUCCAGUGACCCGGGCAUGGAUGCGAAGAGAGCGCUCGUAACUGUGAACGACAAGCUGCUGCGCGGGCGGAAACUUGUUGUGACUCAUGCGCAUCAAGCGCCCCUCGACAGCGGCAGUGCAUACGGUUCCGGUGCGAGAUACAAACGGAGUGUGACUGAGGCGGGGAAACCGACAACUCUCAGUAUGCUCAAGAGCGCGUCUGCUGGCCGGUCCGACGCGACCGAAGCCAAGAUUGCAAAGAUGGAGGCAAAGCUCCGUCAAAUGGAACAGUCCUCCUCGGGGAUUCCGGCGACGAGAUUACAUCCGUCUCUUCCAGCUAAACCACCGCCGACGACUUUGCUUCCUUCCCACGAACGUCCGUCAUCCUCGUCUGCUUCGCGGCAGCCUCGAAAGAACCAACCACUGCCUUCUCUCCCGCUUCAGCAGAACACAAAGUCAAUAUCGUCGUCAGCGCUCUCACCCCCAAUCACACCAACUCCUCACAGUGGCGCAACCAAAAAAUCCAUCGCGGGUGUACGGAUAGUCAAAAAGAAGGAUAGGUGA